UUUCCUGCAAUUUUGAAAUAGGGGAGAGACGUUUUGAGCUUUUGGGGUGCAAGUGCAACCAGGGCGACGAUGCUAAAGUGCGCAGCGGACAAUUUGAGGUGCAGGUUAAUCAGUAGCAGAGGGCUCAGCCACCAUGCGGCUAUAUCAGCGCCUUUGGGGAAGAUGAUGGACUGUACAACCGGACUACAGUUCGUUCUGCCUGAGUCAAACAAUGAGUCACAGGAAAACCCCAAAAUCGAAUUACCCAAUCCCUAUUUUUCUGGUUCUAUGGAGCUCAUGGCUGUCCCAAAGAGAAAGGUGUCUCGCCAUAAAAGAGGCAUAAGAAAUGGACCAAAGGCUCUGAAACCUGUUCCAGUCAUAAUCCGGUGCAAGAGCUGUGGCCGAGUCAAGCUACCACACUUUUACUGUUGCAGUGGAGAUAGAGGGGGAUCAGGGGAAGGGAAUUAGUCAGCUUUUUGUCCAUGUUUGCUGCAAAUGAAGCUAGACAUUAUGGUCCAAGCAACUGAAUCACGAAGUUCCAUCGGUUUAUAUUCCUCUUUAAACAUAUUGCAGAACUCUCAAUUGCAAAUUUUUGAAGCACAUAUCGUCUGUUGAUGUUUUCAUAAAUUAGCUGAUUGGUCUCAAUUAUUUUUCCACAGAGUUUAAGCUA